UUGCCGCAUGUCAGCGUGGAACUAUGCGUUUCUUUUUUCGGCCUUCUGUUUUCAACUCUCGAAGAGUAAAGUUCUCGCUGGUUCAGCGCUGAUCGUUAACUAUUCGAUUAACUCGACCAGGACGUGAAUAGUACAAUAAAUAACAAUGGCCGCCACUGGAAAAGACAUUGAAAAGCCCGUUGCCGAGGUUGCGACUGUGCAUCGCAUCCGUAUUACAUUGACCUCGCGCAAUGUCCGAAGCUUGGAGAAGGUUUGCGCUGAUCUCAUCAGCGGAGCCAAGAAGCAGAAGCUGAGGGUGAAGGGCCCAGUGCGAAUGCCAACCAAGAUCCUUCGUAUCACUACCCGUAAGACACCUUGCGGUGAGGGUUCCAAGACUUGGGAUCGCUUCCAGAUGCGUCUGCACAAGCGUAUCAUCGAUCUGCACUCACCAUCCGAGAUCGUGAAGCAGAUCACUUCGAUCAAUAUCGAACCCGGUGUAGAAGUUGAAGUUACCAUCGCCGACCCUUAAAUGAAUUCGGCAUUAGUCGAAUGGAUGAGGUCAUUGAUGGAACUUUUCCCAGCGUCAAACAUCGGCUAACGUCACAUAUUGAACUUUAAUUUUGUUUAAAGUUCCCAAAUAAAAGAUGAUUGAUCGUGAAAAUAA